GAAUAAUCCACCGCAAUAAACAAAUAAACCCACCUCCAUCCGCGCAAUCUCUCAAUCUUCCACAGGCAUCAAUGGCGGGCGCAAGGAACAACGAGCUGCGCAUGACCCUGCUCGGCCUGGCCCUGCUGGGGCUCUUGCUGCUGAGCCACACCGCGGCGCCGGUGGAAGCCGCCGCGGGCGUGCAGGAGAACAUCUUCUCCGUGAACAGCGUCGGCGGCCGCAGUCUCAAAAGCUUCAGCAUGAACACCGCCGAGAGCGGCGAGGUCGCCAAGGGGGGGAAUGCCAAACCCGCCGCCGGCGACUUCUGAUCGACGACCCUCCAUCCGCCGUUGUCGAGUAUUAGUUAAAUAAUGAGUGAAUUCCAUUUUUUAUCUUGUAGUUGUACAUUUGUGACACAUAUUACCCUAUUUAGUGGAACUUUUAUCGAAAUGUCAGAUUUUGGAGACUUUUAACACGGUUUUACCCCAGUUUUACAUUUUGUUUGUUUAUGGUCGAUAGGAUCGGCAUGUUGCGUCAUUGAUUCGUAAAAAAAACUGUAAGGAUCGGAGGGCAUCAUUGGCGAUCUUGUCCAAGCUUCUCUUGUCUAUCUGUUCCACUCCUUGUGGCCGUUCACAUGUUUUUGGAUACAGGGCGUCACCUCACACCUUACCUGAUGGACACGCAUCAAAAAACGAGGGUCCAAAGAUUUUAAAAGGGGUAUUCUAGACGAAUUUUCACUCGAAGGGGUAAUUAGUGUCACAAAUGUAUAAAUAUGGGGUAAAAAGUGGAAUUCACUC